AUGGAUGAGGUGAGCGAUGAGGCCACGGGGGUGACGGCUCUUGGCAGCUCAGCACGACCGCGGCAGGUUUUGCGCAGUGGUGUACUGUUCCUGGACUGCGAUGGUACCCGCGGGUCGAUGAUGGUAGCAGACCGCUCGGUGCAGAGUCGACGGAAGCAGAAGGUAGAUGAUAUUCAGCUUACCCAUCAGAUGCCGCCGAGGCGUAACUCUAGAGGCAGUGGUACAGGAGACAACAACAACAAUGACAUACCGCUAUACAUGCAGCAGUUGCUUCAGGGACAGACUCAGUUGAUCCAGUUACUUGUUCAGAACCAGAACAACAACAACAACAAUAAUCCACCACCACCCCCAGUUGAUGCCCUUACUCGUUUCUUGAGGUUGAAUCCUCAGAGGUUUUCUAGCACCCUUGAACCUAUUGUGGCUGAUGAUUGGCUGCGCUCAGUUAAUAGGAAUUUGGACACAGUUGGUUGCACUGAUGCAGAGAGAGCAGGUUUUCGCGUCGCACAUGUGUCUGCUGGUGCUAUGAGUCUGAAGAAGAAGGAGUUUCGUAGCUUGCGUCAGGGAGGUCGCACUGUGAAUGCAUAUGUGGAGGAAUUCAAUAAUCUUGCAAGGUAUGCCCCUAAUGAUGUUAACACUGAUGCUGCUAGACAGGAGAAGUUUCUUGAAGGACUGGAUGAUGAGUUGAGUAUUCAGUUGACAGUGGCGACAUUCAACAACUGUCAAGAGCUUAUUGAUAAGGCGAUUGUACUUGAAGGCAAGUUUCAAGAGGUGGAGAACCGCAAGAGGAAGGCGAUUGACACAGAAUUCAAUUCUGGAGGACAACGGAAGCACCAUAAUUCGUCAUCAUCUUCUGAGUACUAUGACUCCGAGGUGGACAUUUAUAAUGGUCAUAACCACGAUGGGCAUAAUCAUCACAACGACAAUGGACACAACCACAAUGGUCAGAGGAAUGGCAACAACAGCCACGACUUUUCAACACCCACCAAGAAGGAUAUCAGUCAGUUACUUUGUUACAGGUGCAGGGAACUAGGGCAUUAUUCAAACAACUGUCCCCUGUUGAAGAACAUCAAUUAUGACAGUGGGAAUUCUGGAGAGAAGGAGAUUGAUCACUUCGAGAGUGGACAUGUGAAUCACAUGAGGGUAGGAAGAUCAGAUAAUGCAUCAGUCUUUGGUAAGAUUCUUAAUUAA